AUGGAGAAGCGAGGGAGCGGGCGGCGCUCGGGGCGGCGCAGGAAGUCGCAGAAAAGCACUGACGCUCCGCCGGGAGCCGCCGACGGCGCGGCCCGCGACGACGACGCGGUGUUCGAGGACGAGGCGGGCCCCGAGAACGGGUCGGCGGAAAAGAAAGGGAAACCUCCGCGGGCGGCCACCACCGACGGGGGCGUCGUCCCCGCCGCCAGCCCCGAGCCGUGCAAGCCGGGCGCGGGCGCGGCCAGAACGCAGCAGCGCGGAGCCGGGGAGGCGGCGGAGCGGAGCCGAGCCACGCCGCAGCCGCCCGCCGCGUCCCCCACCAAGCGGAGGGGCAGGAGCCGCGUGCCCGAGGCGGUGCCCCCCUCUCCGGUCGGCGGCCCGCGGGCAACCGCCAAGGAGUCCACCGCACCCAAGAAGGCGCCCGCCCCCGAGCCCGGCCCGGCGGUGGCGGCCAAGGGCGCCGCGGGGGACAGCGGGGACGAGGCCACCCGGGUGGUCCCGCGCGAGCUCACGGUCAAGAGCAGCUCGCAGCUGCCCGACUUCAGGCCCGAGCACAAGCGGGGCCCGCUGCCCAAUCACUUCGACGGCCGCGGAGAAGGGGGUCGAGCCAAAGAAGCGGGCCGGGCGGCCGGAGCAGCCGAGGGCUCAGACUCCUCUUUGAAACCCAGGAACCAUUUCGGCGCGGGCAGAUCCACGGUGACCACCAAAGUGACCCUCCCUGCCAAGCCGAAAAAUGUGGAACUCAAUCUGAAAACCUCUAAGAAUCUUGACAGUCUGAGCAAUGAGCACAAUCCAUUUAGUCAGCCCGUCCAUAAAGGAAACACUGCUAACAAAAUCUCCUUAUUUGAGAACAAACGUGUCAACGGGAGCCCCAGGCACACUGAGACCCGGGCUCCUCGCAACCUUCCCCCCUCCAGUAAAACAUUUGUAGGAAGGGCCAAACUAAACUUUGCCAAAAAAGCCAAGGAGAUGGAGCAACCUGAAAAGAAAGUCACACCAAACAGCCACCAGAAUGGGGUACCGGGGAAGGAAGCCGCCACGGAAACCAAAGCCACGCUCUCCAAAGAAGCGUCUGCGGCCAUAACCAGGGACCAGGCUGUGGGUGCCCCACCCAAGGCAGAGGCGCCCUCCAACACCAGCUGCCCUCCCGACCCGGGGGUGAUUGCUCAGGUGCGGGUGCAGGACCAGCUGUUGGCAGGAGAGGUUGCCCCAGAAGCUGCCGACUGCAAGUCACUUGUUGAAAACCUAACUGGGACAGCCCAUGAUGGCGCUUUGGGGCUUGAUGCCCACGUCCCAGCACCCGCAGCCACACUGAAGCUACAGGAUUCAGGCUCUGACUCAGCGCCCUUGGCUGAGUCAUCUCCGGGGUCCCAUCAGGUAGAUGGCCCCCAAGGUGCUGGUGCUUCAGUGCCCGGAAGCAGUGUUCCAGGUUCCACUUUGCAAGUGUCAGGAAACAGCUCUCUUUUGCCUGGGCCUCCUCAGGGUCCUGGAGAGGAAAACCCCAGCAGACUCUCCGGACGAAGAGAAGCCAGCCCAUCCAGGGUGCUGGUCCAGGUCCGGUCGUUCAUGCUGCCAGUGGAGAGCCCACAGGAGGUGAGCACCCACGUCAUCACCGACAGUUCUGAAGUUAGGGAAGGGCAGCUGCCCAGCUGUCACAGUAAUGAACUGGAGGUGGUUUCCGUUGCCAGUUGUGCACCCCAGAAAGAGGAAGUGGGUAAUCAGAGCUCCCCACCGGAAGGCAUCUCCUGCAGAGAGGAGCAUGGGGCAAGAGAUGACCCACAAAUCAUGCAGCUGAAGACAUCAGAGAAAUCUCUGCCUCUCCAGGCUCAAAGUCAGGGCGACACAAAGCCCUCACUGGCCAAAUCUACCCACAGCAGCGAUCACUUGCAAAGUCCCCCAAGGCCUGCUCAGAACGCGGUGAAUGGCCAGGACAGCCCCGCCAGCGUUUUGAAUGUUUCUGCCGGGAGCGAUGACAGUGUGUUGGAUUCUUCUUCGGACAUGGAGAAAUUCACGGAAAUUAUCAAAAAGAUGGACAGCGCAGUCUGUGUGCCCCAGAAGAAAAAGAAGGGCAGGACGCCCAACUCCCCCAUCCCUCCCUUUGCCAUGCCCCCUAUUCACGAGGACAACUUAGAAAAGGUGUUUGACCCCAACGUGUUUACCUUUGGCCUGGGGAAGAAAAAGGAAAACCAGCCAGAAGUGUCACCUGCUUUCCAUCUGAUGCAGAACCUGGACACAAAAUCCAAGCUGAGAUCCAAACGUACGUCCGCCGAACAGAGCGUCCUCUUCAAGUCCUUGCACACUUAUGCCAAUGGGAAGGACGAGCCCCUGACCUCUCCAGAAAAUAGUGACAAAGAGAACAGGGAUGUCCCCAAUGGUGGCGUGAAGCGAUCCAGGCUGGAAAAGAGUGCCCUGUUCUCCAGCUUGUUAUCGUCCUUACCGCAAGACAGAGUCUUUGCUCCCUCUGUGACUUCAGUCAGUACAAUGACCACAUCUUUCAGCACUUCUCGGAACACUUCUCCUUCUCGGUCUUCUGUGUCACAGCCGGUGGCGGAGGGGGCCCCACCCUGCGGUUCAGACAAACAGCCGAAUCUUCCACCCAGCAGCAGCUCCUUGAAGGUCUUCAACUUCGACUCGUCCAAUGCUUCUCAUUCAGGCCUGAAAAGCCCAAGCUACGUGGAGAAAUAUCUGCAGAGAGAGGAAGCCAGGAAAGAGCUUGAUGCACGAAGCAACCUACACUUGCCAGAGACAAAGUUUUCUGAGUUUCUGAAGCUGAAGAACAGUGAUGAUAUGGAUAAAGUGAACCAUGCAGAAGGAGUUCUGAAGUCUAACUAUGCAAACAGUGACACAGACUUCCCGGGCCGUUUCAAAUCCAGCCGGUUUGACCCAAGCCUUUCUUUCUCUGGGAUGUCACUGCCAGAAUCAGCGACACUUAGAGGAAAUGUCCAAAGUAAAAUCAACCCCCGGCCCGGAAAGGUCGUGAUAUUUCGGGAACCUGAGGUCUCCGAGGAGUCUAUUGAAGUAUUUGGUGACAUUCAGGAUUGCAGCUCUUGGAGCCUUUCUCCUGUGAUCCUCGUAAAAGUUGUGAGAGGAUGCUGGAUUUUGUAUGAGAAACCAAACUUUGAAGGAAACUCCAUCCCUUUAGAAGAAGGUGAAUUGGAACUUUCUGGUCUCUGGGGUAUAGAAGAUGGUUUGGAAAAAAGUGAGGAGACAGAAUCUGCAAAGCCUGUGGUGAUUGGUUCAAUCAGACACGUCGUCCAGGAUUACAGAAUUAGUCAAAUUGAUUUAUUUACUGAACCAGAAGGGCUGGGAAUCCAAAAUUCCUACUUCGAUGAUGCUGAAGAAAUGCAGGGAUUUGGUGUAAUGCAGAAGACUUGUUCCAUUAAAGUGCAUUGGGGCACGUGGCUGAUUUAUGAAGGACCUGGAUACCAGGGUGUCCCUUUUAUUCUGGAACCUGGCGAAUACCCUGAUUUAUCCUUCUGGGACACCGAAGAAGCAUACAUUGGAUCCAUGCGACCUCUGAAAAUGGGUGGACGUAAAGUUGAGUAUCCUACGGAUCCAAAGGUCAUUAUUUAUGAAAAACCUUUCUUUGAAGGAAAAUGUGUGGAACUAGAAACGGAAAUGUGCAGUUUUGUGGAUGGAGGAGAGGAAGAAGGAAAGAGCGGAGACACUUUGCCCUUCACAGCAGUGGGCUCCAUGAAAGUUUUGCGAGGCAUUUGGGUUGCUUAUGAGAAGCCUGGAUUUACAGGUCAUCAGUAUUUGCUUGAAGAAGGAGAAUACAAGGACUGGAAAGACUGGGGAGGUUACAGUGAAGAACUGCAGUCCUUACGGCCUAUAUUAGGUGAUUUUUCGAAUGCUCACAUGAUAAUGUACAGUGAAAAAAACUUUGGAUCUAAAGGUUCCAGUAUUGAUGUGUUAGGAAUUGUUGCUAAUUUGAAGGAGACCGGAUAUGGUGUGAAGACUCAGUCUAUUAAUGUCCUGAGUGGAGUAUGGGUGGCUUAUGAGAAUCCUGAUUUCACGGGAGAACAGUAUGUACUGGAUAAAGGCUUUUAUACCAGUUUUGAAGACUGGGGAGGCAAAAAUUGCAAGAUUUCUUCUGUUCAACCCAUUUGUUUGGACUCCUUCUCUGGCCCAAGGAAGCGAAAUCAGAUUCACUUGUUUUCAGAACCACAGUUCAAAGGUUGCAGUCAAAGUUUUGAGGAAACGACCAGUCAAAUUGGUGAUUCAUUUUCUGCCAAGUCUUGCAGAGUUUUAGGAGGAAGCUGGGUUGCAUAUGAUGGAGAGAAUUUCUCUGGGAAUCAGUAUGUGCUGGAAGAAGGCCACUACCCUAGUCUCUCUGCCAUGGGGUGCCUGUCGGGAGCAACGUUCAAGUCUCUUCGAUUUAUAGAUGCUGAAUUUUCUGAACCGACAAUUAUUCUUUUUGAAAGAGAAGGCUUCAAAGGGAAAAAGAUUGAGCUUAAUGCAGAAACAGUGAAUCUUCGGUCCCUGGGAUUCAAUACACAGAUACGCUCCGUUCAGGUGAUUGGAGGCAUAUGGGUCACUUAUGAAUAUGGCAAUUACCGAGGUCGGCAGAUCCUGCUGUCCCCAGCAGAAGUUCCUAACUGGUAUGAAUUCAGUGGAUGCCGCCAAAUAGGGUCUCUCCGACCAUUUAUUCAGAAAAGAAUUUAUUUUCGACUGCGAAACAAAGCCACGGGGCUGUUCAUGUCGACCAAUGGAAACUUAGAGGAUCUGAAGCUUCUCCGGAUACAGGUCAUGGAGGAUGUCGGUGCUGAUGAUCAGAUAUGGAUUUAUCAGGAAGGAUGCAUCAAAUGCAGGAUAGCAGAAGACUGCUGCCUGACGAUUGUGGGGAGCCUCGUCACCUCGGGCUCAAAGCUGGGCCUGGCCCUCGACCAGAAUGCCGACAGUCAGUUUUGGAGUAUGAAGUCCGAUGGCAGAAUCUAUAGCAAGAUGAAGCCUAAUUUAGUUUUAGAUAUCAAAGGGGGUACACAGUACGAUCAGAGUCACAUCAUCCUCAACACAGUCAACCAAGAGAAGGUCACUCAAGUGUGGGAAGCCAUGGUUCUAUAGGCCGGAAG